AUGUCUGGAGCGGAGGUGCCGUGAGUGCCGAACGAACGGUGAGAGAGUGGUUCCAGGGGGCGGAGAGCCGCGCGAGCAGACGGCCGCAGAGUCGAAACGCCGGCGGUGCCAUAGAUGCCGUUGUUCAAGCGCCGAGAAGGCGGCAACGGCGUCGUGGCUUCCAUCCGCGACCGCUACGAGUUCCGCGACGUUCUCGGCACCGGUGCUUUCUCUAAGGUUUUUUGAUUUUUGUUUUUUACCUUUCUAAAGUCUUUAAAGCCGUUUUGCUUGUAAAAUGAAACCAGUAACUUGCUCUCAAAAAUAGACAAAAAACGAUUUUCUUGUGUUAAUAGCCGUAUUUUGCAACUUUUUGUGGCUUUCAAAUCAAAACGUGACUUCCCAUCUUUCUAUUUGUAACAUUUUAUCUUCAGUUUGAACCCUUUUCUGGCCCCGUCAAAAGAGCAGCAUUUUUUUUUUCGAAAUUUCUCAUGAAGACUACUGUAAAGCGGCAAAGAGGAUUUUUUAUAUUUAUGAAGAUUUUUAUAUCAAAAAUUGAACCAUGUUAGAUUAUUUCCUAACACCGUAGUUCGCACUAAAAACUUUUUCGAGUUGAAUCGUACAAAACCUUGUAAUCCUUCCUAAUUUCAACGCUGUCUCAGGCGUCCUUGGGACUAAUAUCAUUCCUCGUAUAUCUUAUGAAUCUUAUGAAGGCUUAUGAUAGUACUUCCAAUUUUUUUUUUCUACUCUCUGUUUUCAUUCCUGGUUCCAAUAACCUUCUUACAAAAAGCUCCUUCUGUGAUGUGUCCCACUUCAAUGGAUCUUUUCUUAGAAGUGAAGAAAUGUUGUUGUUUUCAGUUUCAAGAUACCUUUUUUCUGGCGAUUGAUUUGUCUCAAUGGCACUGUAUAAAAACUUUCGACUUGAAAGGUUUUCUAUAAAUGCAAAAAGACUUUGUUUCACUGUCUAAUAAGUUCAAACAUUUUUUUGCAAAGGAUUUGUUUUCCAAGUUUCGAACGGUAUGUAUUUUUCAAUAUUUCCUUCGUCAAUUUCUUCGUUUUGAGCGUUGUUGUUUUUCCACGAUCUUGUUUAGACAUUCAUUUUAAUGAAUUUUGCAAAUCCAUGACUGCGUUUUGACCUCCAUUUACCUUUUAAGCAGUUUUUAUAUUUAUCAAUCUAUCCACAUACUCUUUCGAGAAACCUCCAUUAGUAAAGACUAGUGGAGAAAGGAAGAAAGGGUUUCUUUCUGAUCAUAUUGUGUUGGGUGAUGGAAUCACGCGGCAGCUUGUAACUACAUAAAUGGACGUGCUGCCGUGUUGCUAUGGAUUUGGCGCGGCGUCGGGCCGUCUGCCGCCUCUCCUCGACCUCUUUUCUCUGAUAAGUGCGAUAUCUAAUGAACUUGACACUUUCCCUACCCAAAAGCUGCUUUUUUAUCGUUUAUUUUUAGCUUUUCAAGCGACUGAACUCAUGAGUCUUUGGUUUUGGAUAGUUGCGCGCAGCCUGAAAAAGUUUCGAAUAGUUUUUUUUUAUCAAAUUAGUUUUUUAACUUCAUUCACAUUUUUUUAUCGAACUUUCAGACGGGCGCAUCAGGAAAGACUGUCUGCAUUUUGAAAAAAAGUGCGGUUUGUUUCGUGAACGUCUUUAGAAAAUACCGUCAAUUUCUUGAAAAUUCAGUUCACAGACGAAUCGAGAAGGUACCAUAAUGUGUCCACAAAGGUACCUCUCAAAAUGGCUCGUGAAGGCCCCAUAAUGUGUCCAUCGUGAGACCUCCGGCAUACCUUUUAGCUAUAUCUGAGCCAUCUCGGAGGUACUUCAGAGUUUCUCUCAAGCCCCUCUCAUUUUUCUCGAAAUCCUCAGAGGUAUCCUAGAGGUUCCAUCGUGAGACUUCAGAGCCUGCGAUAUACCUCUAAGGGUAUCGCGAUACCCUUUCUCGAUUCGCCUAUGUUAGAAGAAAAGAAAUAAUGGAAGCUUAGCACAAAAGAGAGAAAAACUUUCGAAAGAAUUUCAAUUUCGUUGAGCAGUUUUCGAAUUUAAAAUUUUAAAAAAUAAUAAUAAUUUUCAACGUUUUAUUGAAAUCAAGACUAACCUCUGCCACGUUCUUUUUAUAGUUAGGAAAUUUCUCUAGACUUCUUUCUAGAUGAAAGCUGUGACGAUCAUGCCCUUUUGAAUUCCUAAAGAGUUUCCAUUUUUUUUUUCGCGCUACAAAAUGCACGCACUCUGGACGCAUAGUGACGUUCUUCACGCCGGACAACUUUCAGUCUCCGAUGUGAAUUUCGGAAAGAUUUAUGGCGUUUUUUUUUUCUAAUAAUAGGUUUCGAGACAAAUUCACUAACAUGAAAACUACGUGAAGUAUAAUAAGCGGCCAAAAGUUUUAAUUGUAGUUUUUUUUUUAGGUUAAACCGUUUCUUACACACUAUUUAACCGGUUAAAUAGUGUGUAAGAAAGGGUUUGAUUUUGACCUUUUUGCUUUUUCUGACAUCAUAGUUUGAAGAGCUUGCUGUUUUCCAAAAGAACACCGAAAAGUGUAUCGCUACCACCUGUGCACCUCAUACUAUUGCCGGAGGAGUGCAGGAUAAUCAACAGCUAAUCGCAGGCGGUUGAGAGCUCGAGCGAAAUUGAAGGCGAGAUUGAAUGCCAAGACAUUUUGUCCAUCCGAAUUCUCGGGAGAAUUUUCCACCUAAAUUGUCCAUCCGUUCAAACUUUGUUAUGGAGAAGAGGGCUCGCCAUGCGAGUUUUUUGAUCGUUGGCCUUUUCCGGAGGCCGGCGAAUCUACGCCAAGUUUCGUCUGCCUUCCUCUGAACAAGACGAAUUUUCUAGAAGCGUCUGAGAAUGAUUUUCAAAUUACAAGCCUAAUGUUUCUUUUUGACUUUUGAGAAGUUGGAUUUUUCCAAACGAAACAUGAGGUUUUAUUUUGAUGUCCAAAACACAAAAAAAGUUCAGUUUAAAAAAUACGGUUUCUUCCAGCUUUGGGAGUGUUUUAAACUUAUGAAAACGGCUCUCCGAAAAGCGCUGAGAAAAUUUCCAAUUUUUUUGAAGACGGUUUUAUGUGUACAUUCUUUUGAACUUCUACGAAAAUUGUUUGCUUCGCUGUGAACGCUUUCGAGCGUGAGAGGAAAUUUGGGAAAAGCCGGAAAACCUACAUAAAUGGUUUCUUAGAAUUGUCAUGAAAACAAAAAUUUUGUUUUGGUUUUUUUUUCGUCUCUUUGAAUGAUUUGUUAGACAAUACAGCCGAAUAGACAUGCCAAUUUUCUACCUAUUUUCGCUUAAAUUUCAUCUAUAUUUUUAGAAGAAACUUAAAAGUUUUUAGACGAAGAUGUUAGGUCCGCAGUUGACCUAGGUACUCCUCUUUUUCUCGAAGCCGAUACGAGAAACUUUUCUCGACGUUCCGCUUGACUUGAUGAAAGGAAAUGAGAACUUGCAGGUGUUUCUGGCGGAAUGCAAAAGCGAGCCUGGACACAUGGUCGCCGUCAAAUGCAUCGACAAGAAGGCACUUAAAGGAAAAGAGGAGUCUCUCGAGAACGAGAUCAAAGUCCUUCGCAAGUCAGUUUUUACUAUUUAUUAACAUUUUCUUCAGAAUUUUUGAAAAAAAAAACCUAGGUAAAAUAAUUAUAUUUUUCUCGUCACAAUUGUGGCUUGGGCGUAUGCGAACUCAUAACCUUCAAAUGCCAGGCUGACGACAUAAUAGUAGAUAUUUGCCGAGAACUUCUGACUAAUGUUCAACUCGUCGAGCUCAAACAUCAAAGUGCGACGUCUUUGGACAAUGUUCCAUUGGAUUCCGAGUCAACGGGCACUACCAAGCGCGUUUUCUACGACGAUAGGCGUCUGAAGUGUCGCGUUUCAAAUUACAUUAUGUGCGGUCCGUGUUGUCGGCCAAUGCCUCUUAGGAGCCGUGGGGAAUGAGGAAGCCUGCGGCAAUUAGUCUGCUGCGACCCGCCAACCCUUUCUUUCUUAGUCAAACAUUCACUCCAUGGGAGUGGAGAAAAGUCACGAGUCGCUAUGGCAGAUCCUGCUCAUCGAAAUGUAUAUUUCCCGAAAAUAACUCGAAUUUUGUGUUUUUAGGUUCAAAGUAGGUCGAUUUUGAAGAAAAAGGAAAAUUGAACUUUUCGGUCGUCACUCAUAUUUUUUCCACAGGGAGGUAUUCGAAAGAUACCUUCAACCACUAUAGAAAAGUUUUCCUAUCUAUUUUCACUCAUAAUCUCCAGUUUUGUUUCGCAAAUUUUGAAAAAUGACUGAUAUUAAGGCGUCUGGAAGCUGAUGCUAAAGAAAUUUCAAAAAAUAGACGCUAUAUUGAAAUAAAAGGAGCAAAAAUUGGUGCUCAAUAAUUCAUUUGGUGCCUUUUUGAAAAUGUUUUCAAAGUUCAUUUCAUAGUCUUUUCUGAUUCACGGUGGGUCUGAAAAAGAUCUCUGCCCACUCAUCUAUGUCCCUCAGACGUUUUUGUAGUUUACUUUUGCCACAAGCUAGCGGUAAAUUGAGUCAUUUUCAAAACGUCACGCUUCUUCUAUCCAUUAAUCAUUCAAAUAAAAAAAUUAUUGAGUCAUUUUUCAUGCUUCUAGUUUAAAAAAAAGGUUCAAUACUUUAUGAGCUCAAAUAGGCUAAAUCCCAUUAGGAUUACUAAUGUUUUCGGCACGUGAAAAAUCCAAUUAUUCUUAAAAAAAUGUUUUUUUCGACGCAUUUAGCUCGCCUUAUCUUACGAAAACAUCAAAUGAGCUUUUCCGUCAGAAGCUUAGAAAUGCCGCGCCUAACGGUUAGUGACGUCAUCGGUUUCUGUGACGACAACAAAUUACGUGCCUCGCCUCAUUUUGCCCUUCCUGUUGAACUUACGUGCAAGAGUUGAGCCGAAAAUAGUCUUGCUGGAAAUAUGAGGCAUUUUUGAAAAAAAAAAUGACAAGUAUCCCAAAUGGUUGUUAGAGUUUGGGAAGUUCCGAUUGAAAUACAACGUCAUAGCAAAUCAAUUGGAGAAAAGUGUUAUAAGUUAAAAACGAGAGUUUUUUUCAAAUCGAGGAAUUGAAUCUGGUACGAAAAAAAAAACAAUUAUUUUAGACGAAGAAUGUUGAAAAAAAAAGAGUUGAAUGAACUUUGUUGCUGGAGGAAAAGCUGUGGGAGAUCAUUCAAAAUUUGCAAAGGAAAGCUUUACAGGCUGAGACAUUUCAACAUCGUGCAGCUCUACGAUACGUACGACGAGAAGCAGUACGUCUACCUGGUGAUGGAACUCGUGACUGGGGGCGAGCUCUUCGACCGGAUUGUCGCCAAAGGGUCUUACACCGAAAAAGACGCUUCCAAUCUCAUUCGUCAGGUACCUUAUCGAAAGUCUUUGAACUGAGUCCAGUACAAACUCUUCUCCGAUAUUUAACUUCAAAAACACCCAAAAAUCGAAUUUAGCUACGAGAAAGCGUGUCCCUACUCAAAAAAGAACUAAAUCUUGCUCCAGUUAUAAACUUUUUAUACUCACAACCGAAUAAACGAUUGGAAAAUUUCAAACCUGUUCACUUUUUUCUUCAGGUCCUGGAAGCAGUCUCCUUUAUGCAUGACAACGGCGUCGUUCACCGCGACUUGAAACCUGAAAAUUUGCUCUACUACAACCAGGAUGAGGUUUUAGUGGGUCAUCUGAAACAAAAUAUUGAAUCUUUUCAGGACUCGAAAAUUAUGAUCUCAGAUUUCGGACUGUCGAAAACAGAAGAUUCAGGGGUGAUGGCGACCGCCUGCGGAACUCCAGGGUUAGUUGUCCAGUUGGUUCAUUCAUACCUUUCUUCCUCAGGUACGUCGCACCCGAGGUGCUUCAGCAGAAGCCCUACGGAAAAGCCGUAGACGUGUGGUCGAUUGGCGUCAUCGCCUACAUCUUGCUCUGCGGGUGGGUCACAAGGAGUCUUAUGAUUUGUUUUUUUUAAACCUGAAAUAUUGCAGAAAUAAGAAAAAGAAGGAAAAUAUUUUUCUAUCUUUUGCCUUGAAACCCAUUAAUUUUCAGAAACGGAAAAAUGGGAUGAAGAAACGUAAGAAAUACAUAAGUAAAGUUAUUUAUUUUUCACGCGCAGACUUUUCGAACCUCUUGGACUCAAGCGCCGCGGAGAUUUUGAAACGAUAAUUCAUUUCCAAUUUUCCUGGGUUAAGAAACAAACUCUGCAGAUACCCUCCGUUUUACGACGAAAGCGACGCCAACCUUUUCGCGCAAAUCAUAAAAGGCGAGUACGAGUUCGAUGCUCCGUAUUGGGACCAAAUUUCGGAUUCAGGUCAGUUUAAGCAUCCUCAUAAGUUGCUUAGCACGUCUGUUUUUCAGCGAAGGACUUCAUUUCGCAUCUUAUGUGCUGUGAUCCGGAGGCUCGGUUCACAUGCCAACAGGCCCUUGCCCAUCCUUGGUAAAUCAAUUCCUCGAGUCUUAUUUCCAGUACAAUUUCCCAGGAUCAGUGGAAACACGGCUUAUACACACGAUAUCCAUGGAACUGUCGCCGUACAUUUGAAGAAAAGUCUCGCCAAACGCAACUGGAAAAAGGUGAACCUUUUAAAGACGUUCUUUCAUUUUUAGCCCUCUUAAAACUUUGAAAAAGAAAUGGUUUUUCGCUGUUUCCACCUUGAUUCUUCACGAAUUUCUGCUUGAAAUUAUCAAGAGUCAUAGGCUGGUUGUUUCAAAUGGGCGCCGCGAACUACCAAUUUUAUAUAAUGGUUCACAGAAUGAGAUAACUUAUUAGGGAAUUAUGCGAACUUGUUAUUUGGGAGUCGAGUUCAAAAUUUGGUGAUUUAUAGACCUAGGUCGUCCAACAAAUCUUUUCCUAGGACAAGAUACUUGAAAACGAAAAAGAUUAUCUGUUCGCUAAGUUGCCUACUUAGAUACUUUUGAAGGGAUGCAUUUCAGGCAUACAACGCGGCAGCGGCGAUUCGACAGCUCCAGAUGCUGCGGCUGUCGUCGACGAGCAAUCGUGUGAACAGUCAGCAGCAGCCCCCGCAGGCCUCUUCCACUGCGGCCUUCCCCGUCUGACCGAGCCAUUCUCGGGGAAGGAUCACCUUUUUCGCUUUUCUUCCACAGUUGCUCGACAAGUUGCCCGGUGGUAUCGUCUUGGAACUGUUCGAUGCUCAAUUCAUCCCCCAAGUCCCCUUUCUUCUUCUUUUCCUUCGACGCCAUGCUCGUCUCGAACGUCCUCGGGUGCUUGCUAUCAAAAAGAAAAUAUAUCUGCGUCUCACCUCGUAA